GAAAAGAAGGGGUGCAAACCCCUCGGGUCCUAGAACUGAGAGGGGGCGGAGGAACAGACAGCCCGCUCCUCGCGCGGCGCAUCCAUCCUCCAGGGCUUGACCAGUACUCUCUUCACACCAAGACCCCUUUCUAGGGUUUCCAGUCCUGGCGCCUCUGGGAAGGGGACCCCUGCCCGGCCGUGCCCCGCCCCCGGCCCCCGCCCCGCCGACGUCGCAUUAGCAUGAGCGACGCAAGUGGCCCGGGCACCACUCGGGGGCCGAGACUCGCCGCGUCACAGCCCCGAGUGGAAAGGAAAAAAAGAGGAGGCGGAGGAGGAGGAGGCAAGAGCCGACGCGAAGGGAGGGGAGAGCGGCGGCGGGGCGAGUGAGCCAGCGGGCGGGCGGCAGCAGCAUGCCCUUCGGCCCGCGCGGGCGGCCUUUCAACGCUUCGGGGACCGCGCCUGACGAGCCCAAGGCGCCGCGCGCUCAGUCUCUGGCCCCAGCCACUCGGCGCGCCCACCUUCCCUGACAGCCCCCGAGCCCAGCAGCGGCGGGUCCGGGCUUGGCUGCGAACGGCCGGAGGCGUCUCGCCGGACAGGGUCUUUGCCUUUCCCGGGACAACGGGCCAUGAGCCCUGCAGCCACCUGAGACACAGGGGGCGCUGCGCCGCGCGGACCGCGCCCGCGAAGUUCCGUGCCCUCGGCUCUGCACUGCAGGGCGCCCGCGCCCAGGCGGCCCCAGCGGAGGCGUCCUCGGAAGAGCGGAGGAGUAGAGGCAAUGGAACCCGCGGCGCCCGCGGGCCAGGCCCGGGCGGCAGCCAGCAAGCUGUCGGAGGCGAUGGGCGCAGUGCUGCAGGAUCCUCGGCGGCAGCGGCGCCUGGUGCUGGUCAUCGUGUGCGUGGCUCUCUUCCUGGACAACAUGCUGUACAUGGUCAUCGUGCCCAUCGUGCCCGACUACAUUGCCCACAUGCAUAAGGCCGGCAGGCCCACCACGAGCCCCAAAGUGCACACCCUGCAGGCGCCCACUCCAGCCAGUGGCAGUGACAACAUGGGCAACACCUCAGAGUCCCCGACGGAGAGUGAGGACGUGAAGAUCGGGGUGCUGUUUGCCUCCAAGGCCAUCCUGCAGCUGCUGGUGAACCCCCUGAGUGGGCCCUUCAUUGACCGUAUGAGCUACGACGUGCCGCUGCUUAUCGGCCUGGGCGUCUUGUUCGCCUCCACCGUGCUGUUCGCGUUCGCGGAGGACUAUGCUAUGCUCUUCGCUGCACGCAGCCUGCAAGGCCUGGGCUCAGCCUUUGCGGAUACGUCCGGCAUUGCCAUGAUCGCCGACAAGUAUCCUGAAGAGCCGGAGCGCAGUCGUGCGUUGGGCGUGGCGCUGGCCUUCAUCAGCUUCGGGAGUCUGGUGGCGCCACCCUUCGGGGGCUUCCUCUACGGGUUCGCGGGCAAGCCUGUGCCCUUUCUGGUGCUCGCCGCUGUUUCGCUGCUCGACGCGCUGUUGCUGCUGGUGGUGGCCAAGCCCUUCUCGGCCGUGACGCGGGCGCGGGCCAACCUGCCGGUAGGCACACCCAUCCACCGCCUCAUGCUGGACCCUUACAUCGCCGUGGUGGCCGGGGCGCUCACCACCUGCAACAUCCCCCUCGCCUUCCUCGAGCCCACCAUCGCCACGUGGAUGGAGCACACGAUGGCGGCGUCUGAAUGGCAGACGGGCAUGGCCUGGCUGCCAGCUUUCGUGCCGCAUGUGCUAGGUGUCUACCUCACCGUGCGCCUGGCGGCGCGCUAUCCACACCUGCAGUGGCUGUACGGAGCACUAGGGCUGGCAGUGAUCGGCGCCAGCUCUUGCGUGGUGCCUGCCUGCCGCUCCUUCGCACCACUGGUGAUCUCACUCUGCGGCCUCUGCUUCGGCAUCGCGCUAGUUGACACGGCACUGCUGCCCACGCUCGCCUUUCUCGUGGACGUGCGCCACGUCUCGGUCUACGGCAGCGUCUAUGCCAUCGCCGACAUCUCCUAUUCCGUGGCGUAUGCUCUCGGGCCCAUAGUGGCGGGGCACAUAGUGCACUCGCUUGGUUUUGUGCAACUUAGCCUUGGCAUGGGCCUGGCCAACCUGCUCUACGCGCCGGUCCUGCUGCUGCUGCGCAACGUGGGCCUCCUGAGGCGCUCCCGCUCUGAGCGCGAUGUGCUGCUGGAUGAGCCACCGCAGGGUCUGUAUGAUGCUGUGCGCCUGCGUGAGCGCCCUGUGGCCGACCCAGACGGCGCCCCUCGAAGCCCUUCGGGCCCCUUUGACGAGUGCGAGGACGUCUACAACAAUUACUACACCCACAGCUAGCAGCCCAGCUACUCUCCCGACCAUCCCCUCACCGCCCACCCCCGGGUCAAGGUGGCUACUCUGUGAGAGUACUGGCCAGCUUAGACUCAAGGCCCACCCCUCCAACGAGUAUCCUACACUCUCGCCCAUCUUGACUUGCCUGCCGGAAUCCCCCCACUUUGACCCUUUCUGUGUUUCCCUCCCUCUAGUCCAGUGGGACGUGGAGCACGGAAGCAUACAAAACGAUACACUCCUGGCAGAGAUAAAGAGGUGCGCAAGCCGCCACCUCGGGGCUCCCCUGUGUAGAACGGUCCGUCUGUCUGUCUGUCUUUCCUUCCGUUCCUCUCAAUGCCAACUUAGCCCCCAGCACCGCGGUGCUUCUGGCCAGAAUCAAUAAACUAUAUCUGUUCCA